AUGCAACUGCAGCUGCACAACACCCUACAACAACAACAACAGCAAUUAACGCUACUACUCUUUGCUGGCACACUUGCCACACUACUACGGCCCACACUGUGCCACGCCGCCUACUCCACCAACUUGCACAAUGACCCUGCUGACGUAGCCGACAACGCAGCUGACUAUGACAGCUACGGCCACCACAACAGCAACAAGUAUGUCAGUAAAUGCGACAAAAAUGCAGUGGCCGCACUCACCUUCCAGCUGAGCGGCAACAACCUGCACUGGCCUUGCGAGUCGACCAAGAGCAUUUACGUCCAAUCCGGCCGAUAUGUGCCGCGCAAUGUGAUCGUGACGCGCGCCCAACUGCGACGUGAUGACGUGUUUGUGGCGCUGCCGCGCUACAAACAUGGUGCGCCAUUCACAUUGGGUCGCGUGCAAUUGAAGCGGGGUCAGUGUGUGGCCAAGAUUGCGCCAUAUCCGUGCUGGGCCAUACAGGAGGAGGGCAAUUGUCAGGCGUUGCAGUCCGUCGUCGACAUCGCUGUGGAUCCCAAUGGUCUUCUCUGGGCUUUGGAUGUAGGACUUGUGAACACAUUGGAGCAACCGAUACGCCGUUGUGGCCCAAAAAUCGUAGCAAUCAACACCGCUGACAACAAAGUAGUCAAGAUCAUCGACAUGAAUGAUCUCGUAACGUCUGAGUCUCGCCUGCAGUUCAUAGUGGUCGAUUACUCCAAGGACAAUAAGCCCUUCGUAUAUGUUGCCGACGCGGGAGCACGCAGCAUACUCGUCUACGAUAUAGCUGGCGAUAAAUCGUAUCGCAUCGUUUUACCCAAAGCCACUGCCCCAACUACCACCGACGUGCUUUACAUGGCACUCACCGCCACACCGGAUGGUACAUCGACUCUGUACUUUACGUACUUGAGCUCUCCACGCCUAUACUCCAUACGCGGACAGUAUUUGCGUGUUGGACAGGGUGCUGGUUCGAUUGUCGAUGUGGGCGCCAAACCUUAUGGCAAGCAAAUGGUGCUGCUCGGCGCCGACGGUGGCACAAACUUGUUCUUCCGUUACAAGGGUGAAAACGACAUUUAUAUGUGGAACUCGGAGACUUGUUUCAAGGCAGCCAAUUUAAAAGAUGUACAACAUGGUGGUGAUUGUCGUCUCUCGACACAGGUGCUACCCGGUCACAGGCGGUUCAUGUGGGUUUUGGAGAGCAAUUUCCAUGAUUUCAUUUCGGAGCGAACGGGUUGUAAUGGCGCAUCGAUUGUUCUACAUCCCAUAGUGCGCCAAUGUGAUGAUUGA